AUGUCAACAGCAGCUGAAGAGGUUCGCUCCUCGAAAGAGGCUACGGUGACUCCAAACGACAGCAAGCCAGACUCUGAACAUGGGUCAUCAGAUUAUUACAUUGAUCCUGUCAAAGAGAGCCGCAUGAUGCGAAAGUUUGAUCUCUUCGCAGUCACUGCCAUGGGAUUCCUUUACUUGAUGUCAAAUCUGGACCGAAGCAACCUGGGAAACGCCAACAUUGCCGGCCUUCCUGAAGAACUCAACCUCGUAGGCAACCAAUUCGGAACUGCGACUACAUUACUAUUUGCAACCUAUGUCCCUCUCGAAGGCCCCGUUGCCGUCCUUGCUGCUACUGUGGCAAACAUAGGUCACGACCACCCUUACUAA